AAGGACAUAUGAGGACAUCCUUGACUUCAUUCAGGAAGACCUGCAGUGUAGCAGGGGGGCAGAAGGAGAGGGGGGAAUAGAGGGAAAUCCUCCCUCUGAUAGUGAGCAAGACUUUUAUUUUCUUCGCUACUGUUACAAAAUGUUGAAGUUCUUCAGUGCCCGGGACGAUGAGAAUGAAAGCCUCUUGGGUGCAUUGACAGACGAUGAAUUGGAUGCUGCGUCUCUGAUGGAUGCUAAGCACCACUGGCUCCACAGACCCUGUCUGCUGAUGCUCGAAGAUGGGGAUGUCACAAAGCCAGGACAGCUGGGCUGUGGACACAUCGGAUCAGAGUCCCCUGCAAAAUCCAAAAUCCCAGGGGCGACAAAAGAGGGUCCCAUUUCCCAACUAGAGACCCCCGCUCAGAGGCUGAUGAGACAGCUGGAGGAGGGGAACUGCGCUGUGACAACUCUCUCCACAUGGGGAGAGAGGCAUUUCGGGAAGGCCUCCACCCCUUUGAUGCUCAUACCCUCCAAAGUGCCAGAGGUGGAGAUGAAGGAGGAGAAGAAGAGACCUCAGUUGCCCUCCUUCAAGGAGGACUCUGUGGUUGAGGAGAAGGAGCUGGAAGAGAGUGAACGUAAGCUGCACGACUCACCCAGUGGCUCAGAUGGCAUAGGUCCUGACCUGGACGCCACGUCUGAUCGUCCUGUGGAGGAGCUCUAUGAAGGCAGCCAGACCCAGGGGCCCAGACUGGGGCUUCAGAACCAGACCAAAGCCAACGGGUUGACUAAUGAUGAGACUAAUGCCAACAGAGCACAGGUAGACAGUGAAGAGGGAGCUGUGGGGGACUGCACGCCUUCCCCUAUGUCUCCAUCAGUGGAUCCAGACAAUGAGCUACAGGCCGGCCCCAUGGGCAUUCUGUCCAGGGAGCGAGGCACUAUCCUGGGGGAGGUGGCCCCCGUGUGGGUCCCUGACGCCCAUACGCUGGUCUGUAUGAUGUGUGAAGUCAGGUUCACCUUCACAAAGAGAAGGCACCACUGCCGCGCCUGUGGCAAGGUAUUCUGUUCAGUGUGUUCCGGUCUAAAGUUCAGACUAACGCACCUGGAUGGGAAGGAGGGGCGUGUCUGUGUCUCCUGUCACUCAACUCUAGUGAAAGGAACCCCUCCCAGGGGGAGAAGGAGGGUGUUGUUUGCUGAUGAAAUCCUAUCCAAUGAGAAAUCAGACUCUGCUCCUUGUACACCAAUCAGAGGCCCCACCUUCUCACCGCUAUUAUUGAGGAGAAGUAUAGCUGCUACAAUCAGAAGCGCCACUGGCUCACCACAGACCAGCCGGAGGACACCAAUAGCACAGGGGCCGCCCCUGCUCAAUCCUCUGCAGGAGGUGUGUGGGCCCUGUGGCUGGGGUACAGCAACCCUGGUCAGUAGCCACAUCAGUAGCUCUGCCAACCUCAUCCCACUGGAUGGCCUCCCUCCCAUCCUCACCUCUACUGGAGUCAAAGGAGACUACACGGUGGAGGAAAGGCCCUCUGAGAGGGUUCUCAUCCAGGACCUGGAGAGCGGCAGGCCCAACUCCCUGGUCUUUGUCCUCAACGCCAACCUACUGGCCAUGGUCAAGCUGGUAAACUAUGUAAACAGGAAGUGCUGGUGUGUGACGUCGAAGGGCAUGCACGCGGUGGGCCAGGUGGAAGUGGUGGUGCUGCUGCAAUGUCUGCCCGAAGACAAGAGCUUCCCCAAAGACAUCUUCAGCCACUUUAUACAGCUCUACAGGGACGCCCUCACAGGCAAGGUACUGAGCCACCUGGGUCUCUCCCAGUUCUCCAGUAGUUUCCUGGGCUGUGAGGAGCAUGCAGGGUUCCUCUGGGUGCGCUCCACCCUCCAGUCCCUGCAGGGUCUCCCUAUGCCCAACCAGCCCUUUCUCUUUGGCCUGCUGAUCCACCGGGCUGAAGUGCCCUGGGCCAAGGCUUUCCCCCUGCGCCUCAUGCUCAGAUUGGGGGCUGAGUACAGAUUUUACCCCUGUCCUCUGUACAGCGUGCGCUUCAGGAAGGCUCUGUUUGGGGAAACCGGCCACACCAUCAUGAGACUACUAGUAGACUUCAGGAAUUACCGGUACACUCUGCCAGUGGUGCCUGGACUCACUGUAGAUCUGGAAGCUCAGAGGACCUGCAUUAAAAUCCCUACCAACAGCUAUGAUGAGCUGAUGAAGGCUUUGAAUAAGUCCAAUGAGCAUGUGCUGGCCAUGGGGGCAUGCUUCAACGUGGCGGCAGACUCCCACCUCAUCUGUGUUCAGGGGGACGAUGGCGAGUACCAGACCCAGGCCAUCAGCAUCCACAAUCAGCCUCGCAAAGUCACUGGUUCCUGCUUUUUUUUGUUCAGUGGAGCCCUUAAAGCAGCAUCAGGAUAUCUGGCCAAAUCCAGCAUCGUUGAAGAUGGGCUGAUGGUGCAGAUCACUGUGGAGACCAUGGUGGAGCUUCGCCGGUCGCUACGGGAGAUGAAAGACUACAACAUCUCCUGUGGGCGGAUCGACCAAUCAGACAGCCAAGAGCAUGUCCAGGUCCAAUGGCAAGAGAAAGAAUGCACUGUAAACAAGGGGGUUAUUAGCCCCAUUGAUGGCAAGUCCAUGGAGUCCAUCAGCAGUAUCAAGAUGUUCCAGAAGUCUGAGUACAAGGCCAAUGGAAAGGUCAUCCGCUGGACAGAGGUGUUCUCCUUACAGAAGGGGGGUCAUCCUAAGAGCCAGGGUGACCACCAUACAGAACACAGCAGGCUCACAGAGAGACUGGCCCGGGCAUUCUGCCUGGCACUGGGCCCACACCUCAAGUUGCUGAAGGAGGAUGGUAUGGCUAAGCUGGGGCUGCGCGUCACGCUGGACUCCCACCAGGUGGGGUUUGUGGCCGGCAGUAACGGCCUGCCCCUCCCAGCCUCGUACCUCAAAGCCCUGGAAACAGUGCUGAUCCCCAUCAUCCACAGCAGGGGGCGCAAGAGGAGCGAAGAACCCUUAGUCAUGGAGCUCAUUUUCUAUAUCCUGGAGAACAUUUCCUAGGGGAAAGGGGGUCAAAGUGCACACACUCAUCCCCACACCAUCCUCUCCCCUGGUUCUCCAUUUGUGCUGGUGUGAGUUCGAUAGCUUCAAAACAGCAUUGGUUGGAGGAGUAAGCUCUUUCAUGGGACAUAGUAACUCGCCUCCAGGAUAUGUCUCAGCCAGCCUAUAAGAAAGGGUGGCUGGAUGGUAAGUGGUCUGACUCACCAAAGCUCACCCUGCCUUGGCAUCUGCAGCAGUAAAUAUUAUAUGGCUUGAGAAUGGUACAUUUCUGUAUAUUUUCAAUAAAUACCCAUAUUUUGAGAAUGCCUUUAAACUGGGGGCUGUAUUCAGUUCCAAUGGGAAAAUGAGAAUGACUUGAAAUGUUAUUUAUCAGUAGACCUGUAGCUAGCUGUUUGAUGCAAACUGAAUUCAUUCAUGUUUAAUAACGUUUUAAAAUCGGAUGUAUUUUAAUUCCUCUCGAUUACCCCCAAAAUGCAUUACAGUCAACCUAGGGUGAAUAAACAAGAACACAAAGGACAUCAUACAAGGAUCUGUCAAACAUUGUUUGAAAUGCUUGUGGAAAUCAAGGUAUAAAGUUCCAUUUUCCGUCAGGAUCAGUAUCCGAGCAGAUGUAAGGAGACAAUGUCCACCUUUAUUUACAGUGUCAAGGUCUCACAAAAACGCUUUGAAAGAAGCACCAUAAUGUUGCUCUGUCAUGACAAGCAGGUCAUUUACCAACUCAUUGAGGUUGUUGGACUUUACAGCCCUGUGAAGUAAGAAUGGCAUUAGCCUCGACACGUCAUAGAUACUGUAGACAUUUCCAGACAGUCAUUACCAUUAGAGGUUGUGUCGUUGGCAUUAUUAGGUAAUUUACAGUACACAUGUCACCAGCUCAAAGUCAAACUCAUAUACCGGUAUUAUGUGUUUGCCCUAGUCCAACCCUGAACCAGGCCCCUCCCCCACACAAAGUGAUGUGGGUUGGGUGAACAAUGAUGAGUGAGAAAGUUACAGAGGGUCAAAGAUAAUGCCAAGACAUCGAAUUUCCCGUUUUUGGAAAUGGUGAGCGAUUAGCAUGUCUUGGGGGUAUGAUCUUUGACCCCCUGUACCUUUCACACAUCAUUAUUCACAAUUAAUUCAGGAUUAUUGAUAAUCGUGUUAGCAUUAUCCAUAAUCAAGUGGUUAGAAACAUUCUAUUCUUAUUUACAAUAAAAAUGACACAAUACAUUAUUUACCAUUCCUUUCUAUUGGGCACAAAAUAAUCUGACACACAAUCAAAAACUGCAAAUCCAGCCAACAAGUUUGUAGAGUCACAAGCUUGAUGUGGUCAUUGUGUGCUAGGAAUAUGGGACCAAAUACUAAACUUUUGACUACUUUAUUUACAAUAAUCUUUAGAGGUGUCAAUUUUGAACCUUGCCUUUUU